UUGUCCUGCUUAGGGGCUGAAGUUCUUUCUCUUAUCUAAAGACAAAAAUACGUUGUAAGCAAACCUGGAGAGACAAAGGCGUUGAAAAGAAACGGAAGAAGUAUGCCUAGAUAGCCAUAACUCUUUAAAAUGGCCAUACGGGAAUUAAAAGUGUGUCUUCUGGGAGAUACAGGAGUGGGCAAGUCUAGUAUUGUAUGUCGUUUUGUACAAGACCAUUUCGACCACAACGUCAGUCCGACGAUAGGGGCAUCGUUUUUAACCAAGACGGUCCCGCGUGGACACGAACUACACAAGUUCCUCAUCUGGGACACAGCGGGACAGGAAAGGUUCCACUCGCUGGCUCCCAUGUACUACCGAGGCUCUGCGGCCGCUGUCAUAGUCUAUGACAUCACCAAACUGGACUCUUUCCAGACACUGAAGAAAUGGGUGAAGGAGUUGAAGGAGCACGGUCCAGAGGACAUCAUUGUAGCCUUGGCAGGGAACAAGAAAGAUUUGGGGGACAUCAGGGAAGUUCCUAUGAAGGAAGCUAAGGACUUUGCUGAGUCUAUCGCAGCAAUCUUCAUGGAGACCAGCGCCAGAAACGCUGUCAAUGUGGAGGAGCUCUUUCAGAAGAUCAGUAAACAGAUUCCGCCUCUGGAGAAUCCAGACGUUGACAGCAACGAGUCCUUCAAGAUAACUCGGCAUCCAUCUAACAAACUCUGCUGCUAGUAAGACUACUGCUGAGUCCCAAAUAGACCCCGAGCACCCUACCCUCGCCUAG